UCUCUCUCUUGCUCUUUCUCUCUCUAGGAAAAAGAAAUGGCUGGUUUCUCCGGUAGCAUAGUAAAGACGGUGAAAUCGUGGGUUCCAAUAGCGGAUGCAUGUUCAUGGUACUGCGCCGUCGUUUUAUUGGGUGUAAUCCUCUUAGGCGGUUCGAUCGGAGAAAAUUAUAAUUACGACGAAGAAACGGUGACACAAGUGGGUACUGUGUCCGUGAUCAGGGGAAACCACCUGCGGCGGCGGCCAUGCGACGAAAUAUAUGUUGUCGGAGAAGGAGAAACACUGCACACAAUCAGCGACAAGUGCGGGGACCCUUUUAUCGUCGAACGGAACCCUCAUAUUCACGAUCCCGACGACGUUUUCCCCGGUCUUGUCAUUAAAAUCAUAUCUCCAAACCCUACCUCCAAAUAAUUAACUAUAUAUCGAUCGAUACACUCUCUGUAUCUACAAUAUACAGCUACUUAAUUAUUAGUUUUUUUUUUCCUUCAUCUUUAAUAAAAUUACACAAAACCCUGCCUCAUAUGUGAAGGUAGCUAGGGUUACAUGUUUUACCUUUUUUUUUUUUUUCUGUUUUCUUAAUUUUCUUGUUUUUAUGGGAGGGUGGCGGGGGUGUUACGUACAGCUGUAUGUGCCUGUUCUUACACUUAGAAAUUUAAGGUUGGCAAAAAACAUGUGAUACUUGAUUUUUCCAUGAGUUUAUGAACCAUGUUUGUCACAAUAAUAAACAUUUUAAAGUA